AUGAUCUGGAUAAAUGAGACACAGACAGAGGUCACAGACAGAGGCACUGGUUUGGGGAUUGGGCUGGGUUUCGGUGCCGGCACUGGCCUCGGUGUCGGCACUGGUUUUGGAAUUGGGAUUGGCAUUGGUUCUGGCAGCGGCUCUGGGAAAGGAGUGGGCAUUGGGAUUGGUGUUGGGGUCGGGUCUGGCAAGUCCACCAAUCCCAACGCAGCGGCGGGAGCAGGAACUGGUGGAGGUAUGGUGGCUGGAAGAGGGGACACCCCAGGCACCCUGGACGAGGUACCCGGUGGCACUGGAGGAGGUCCCGGAGGAGUAGGCACUGGGCCAGGAGGUGUUGGACCAGGUGGUGUUGGACCAGGUGGUAUCGGCUCCAGCACUGGUGCUACCACCACAGGAACAGGAAAUGGAACAGCACCCGGAACUGUACCAGGAACCGGUGCUGGUGGAACCGGAACUGGAACUGGCACUGGCACUGGAGGUCCGGGCGGAACCACAGGAGUGACUGCUGGAACUGGCCUUGUACCCGGAGGACCAAGAGGAGUCGGCACUGGGAAACCUAGCAAAUCCUAUGGAGCCGGUGGUGCCCUGGGAGUUGGAGGAGUACCUGGAGGCGGUGUGCGUUAUCCGACUGGCACAGGCUAUGGGAAACCAGGCAAAAGCUAUGGAGCUGCAGCUGGAGGUCUAGGUGGCCCAGGUGGCUACGGACCAGGUGGCGGUUACGGUGUUGGACCGGGAGGAUACGGAACUGGGCCUGGAGGCUAUGGUACCGGACCUGGUGGUGUUGGACCUGGCGGUGUUGGACCAGGAGGUUACGGACCCGGCGGCACUGGACCCGGUGGUUAUGGUACCGGACCUGGGGGAGCUGGACCCGGUGGUUAUGGUACCGGACCCGGUGGUGCUGGACCUGGUGGCUAUGGAACUGGUGCAGGUGGCAUAGGUCCUGGUGGGGUUGGACCAGGUGGUGUUGGACCAGGUGGAGUCAGGCCUGGAGGUGUCGGGCCUGGUGGCGUGGGACCUGGUGGCGUAGGACCAGGUGGUGCGGGAGUUGGUCCAGGUGGAGUUGGCACUGGCCCAGGUGGUGCUGGGUAUGGAACCGGCCCGGGCGGCUAUGGAACUGGACCUGGUGGAUAUGGAGCUGGAACUGGGGGUCUAGGAUAUGGUCCAGGAUUCAGGAAGCCACCUAAAAGUUAUGGUGGUCCCGGUGGCUAUGGCGGUGCUCUGGGUGGAGUGGGCGGUGGACCUGGAGGAGCCGGAGGAACAGGCCGUGGGCCCGGUGGGGCUGGGACUGGACCUGGUGGUUACGGAACCGGACCGGGAGGUGCAGGUACCGGACCUGGAGGCUACGGAACUGGCCCAGGAGGUGCAGGAACUGGACCUGGCGGCUAUGGCACUGGACCUGGUGGUGCUGGUACUGGACCUGGGGGCUAUGGAACUGGACCCGGUGGUUACGGCACUGGCCCUGGUGGUGCCGGUACUGGACCUGGCGGCUAUGGAACUGGCCCAGGAGGUGCAGGAACCGGACCUGGCGGCUAUGGCACUGGCCCAGGAGGUGCAGGAACCGGACCUGGCGGCUAUGGCACUGGACCUGGUGGUGCUGGUACUGGACCUGGAGGUUAUGGUACCGGACCUGGCGGCUAUGGAACUGGUCCCGGAGGUGCUGGAACCGGACCUGCCGGCUAUGGGACUGGACCUGGCGGCUACGGAACUGGUCCAGGAGGUGUCGGACCUGGAGGAUAUAGACCUGGUGGAAAAUCUAAAAGUAAAAAGUACGGUGGUCUUGCAGUAGUUCCAGGCGGAGUUAUAACAGGCCCAGAUGGAGUUGGAGCUGGACUUGGACUGGGUGCAGGCCAAGGAGGUAUUGGAGGAGGUCUUGGAACAGGCCCAGGGGGCGUCGGAACAGGCCAAGGGGGCAUCGGAACAGGCCAAGGGGGCGUCGGAACAGGCCGAGGGGGCAUUGGAGGAGGCCCAGGCGGACUGGGUGGUGGCCUGGGUGGUGUUGGUCCAGGUGGAGUAGGAACGGGUCCAGGAGGAGUUGGAGCAGGUCCAGGAGGAGUUGGGGGAGGCCUCGGGGGAGUAGGAGGAGGACCAGGAGGAAUUGGAGGAGGUGGGCCGGGUGGAGGUGGACCUGGUGGGGUCGGAGGAGUCGGGCCGGGUGGUGUCGGACCAGGAGGUGUAGGAGGUGGUGGUGGAGGACUCAGGUAUCCAGGAGUGGGAGCGGGUGCUAGCAAGCCUGGCAAAUCAGGUGCUGAUUUUAAUUCACCCUCGGAUAUGUUGCAAGCAGAUGUGGAUGUAGAACAGGAUCAGAAAGAUAUGGAGCUGGUGCCCUUGGAGGUCAAGGUUAUCAACCAGGAGGAGGAGGAGGAGGUCCUGGAUAUGGAGGAUAUCAGCCCUUCCCAGGUUAUCCUGGAGCUGGAGGAGGAACCGGAGCCUCUGGCGGAGCAGGGACGGGCCCGGGGGGACAAGCCCCUCUCACUCCUCAGCAAUCUAAAGCAGCCAAAUAUGCCGCCAAAUCCGCCAAGUAUGCAAGAAUCCAAGGCCUUCUUGCAAGUGGUGGAUAUAGAGGAGGUAGUCUGCGGAGGAGGAGGAGGAAGUGAGGGCUUCGCGGAGGGAAAUGACCUCAUAAACAAGCUGGUGCUACUGCGCGAUCGAGAAUGUACUUCCUACAGCUCAGCCCCCGAGAUCCCAGUCAUGUGCAAAACGUCUGUUCUGUUGUUGAACUUUUUAUUAUUCUUUGUGUUUAUGUUGUGAAGCUUCCUCUUCUUCUUUUUUUUUACUAGAACCAGCCUAAUGAUAUAAUAUUUAACAAUUGCAAAGUACACACUGACCCUUUCAGCCACUCAAAUACUGUCGACGUGGCCCUUUUAAAAUGCUGGUUGGUUGGUUAACACAAUGUUUGUUUGUGCUUUUUGUGUAAAGAUUUAUGCUGUUGACGUCUGCUUACAAAGUAAUGUACUUUCAAAACUCCUUAAUUGCUGCCCACUUGACUGUUUUUGGUGUGUAUUGGGUGGAUUCUGCUCAAAGUACUGCAGAGUUGUGAAUAACGUGUUUUUUUAAAAGCGAAAUCUAUAUUGACAAACACUGAGAUCAACUGCCUGUCAUCGUCUAAUGCAAGUCUGCCAGUUAUUGUUUUUAUAUGAAACCUGAGCACGAAACAGUCCUGUGUUAGUGCCUUGUGUUGAUUUUAAUUUUCUCUCUGAUUAUAGCUUUCUUUCUAGCUUGAUUUGUUAAACAUUUCAUUUCCAAACUCACAUGUCAGGACGUAUGUAUGUCGUCACGGGACUUGUGGCUGCUAUUCAGGGAACCUCUGCUUUUUUUACGACCAGAGGUCAAUAUAACAGCAACAGCAUCUGCCGGGCUGAGUGACAAAGUGACAAAUCUUUUGGGAUACCUCAGAGAUUCGAACGCUCCUGAGCUACAUUUUUUACAGUGGCACUGUGUCAGCGUCAGGGAGCGUAUAAGUGCUUAUUAUCUCCUCGAUCUUUAACUUUUUAAAGCUAAAUCUAAAUCUAAGCUAAAGAUAAUCCUCUGUGUGCGUUUGUAAUGCAACUAAACAAGAAAACUUCAUGACAUUCCUAUAUUCAUACAAAUGACAUGCCUACUAGUUUUUCACCUUUUUUUAAAAAAAAGAAAAAAAAGACAUCCACAUUUUCUAAUUGUUUAUUUUAAAUUAUGAGAUCCGAUAAUCAUGUGUUUUUUUGUUCAAUGUGUGUUUUCUGUGUAUCUUCAUUGAACACUUCAUGAGGUUUUUUUUACAUGAUGACUGAGAAUAGAAAUGAUGUGAUCUUUUGUGAUCUUUUACGCCAAAAUACUAAUGACAAUACGAGUGUAGAUGUGACCCAAAUUUAGAGGGUAUUGAGUAUUGCUCGUCGUUAUAAACAGGUUUUUGCCUGUUUAAUGUUUACUCUUGCCGUAUUCACUGGCUAGUUAAUGAUAUUCUAGACAAAUAUCAAUGCUUGUCUCUCAGAAGUGUGUUUGUUUGGUUUCUAUGGGGAUUGAUGCGCUGUUUUGUGAUGCAUAACUGUGUGCCUGUGUGCAGACACCCCUGCCAUGUUAACUAACAUCAUUACACAACAAUACAAGUUGACAGAAA